AAAUUAGUUGAAAAAGAUAAGAUAUAUAUAUUUUAAAAAAUAAUGUUAUUAUUAAAGUAAUUUGAAAAUGUUUCUCUUCCAGUGGCACUGGGAACGGCAACGUUAAAAGCGAGGCCACUGCUACGGCCAGAAAAAGAAACAGGAUCAUCCUCUGGCGGUGGAUUUGCUGCAACUGAAUCAUUGUAUUCUUAAACCUCUAUUUUAUUUCGUUUCAAAAUAAAGCGCUGAAAGCCGAAGGCCACAAUGUUGCUAUUGUGUUUGGCACAGUAUAAAUUAGCAAUUUCUCUCACACUCGGAUAGCAGCAGCUUCAUCUUCUUCCGCCUUUCCGUUUUCCUCUAUGCGGAAGAACCUACCGGACGCUGCAACCGCACUCAAUCUCCAUUUGAACAGGUAAUGGAGAAUGCGUGGAGCAACGGCAAGGUGAAGGUCCUGAAGCCGAGGACUUCGAACGAAAACGUUCCGCCGUUGCAGAUCGACACGGACGACAAAAGAGGACGCUAUCUCCAACCAAACACGAUGAGUCCGCGGUAUCAACCGUACGCCGCCGAGAACAUCGACGUCGGCUCGCCGCUCGCGCGCUACCUCUUCGUCGGAUCUCCUCUCUCCGGCAAGGUCGCCGGCGAGGCCUUCACUCCUCCGACGUUCGGCGCCAGCAAGUACAGGACCGCGAAAGCGCAGCAGUACUGCGGUUCGGGGAGCAGCAGCUUCGGUUCUCGCGGCAGGUUGUCGCCGUCGCCGCUUUCGUCGAUUGAGAAUUUGGAGAUCGCGUCGCUCAUGUCGCCGCCGAUGUACAGAACGCAGGCGACGGGAGACGAUGACGUGAUUGUGAUGGAUGAUAUUCUGGUGAGGCCAGUGUCCGGUGGAAAGAGCGGAAGGUCUUCGUCUUCCUCCUGCCGCGGUUCGUCCUCUUCGACUUCGUCCACAGCGAGAAGCGUGUUCAAGACGGAAAUUUGCAGAGCGUGGGAAGAGUCUGGAAACUGCCGCUACAACUCCAAAUGCCAGUUUGGACCCCUGAAAGAAGAGUUUCGUUCCACGAAAAGCAAAUCUGCGGAACAGGUAGUGCAAUCAUCUGUUGGAGCCGGAUCAAGCACGCAUGGUCCAAGCAGUCACAUUGUUCAUCAGCAGUCUACAGCAGCUGAAUCUGAUCAUGCAGUCACAACAUCCCGACCACCUUCUACAGCAUCUGAAAGCAAAUCUGGGGAACAGGUAGUGGAAUCAUCUAUUCCCGCAGGAUCAAGCACGCUUGGUCCAAGCAGCUCCAUUGUUCAUCAGCAGUCUGCAUCAGCUGAAUCUGAUCAUGAAGUCUCAACAUCUCAACCACCUUCCACAACAUCUCAACCACCUUCCACAACAUCCCAACCACCUUCACCCAAAGCUCAUCAUACCCUCACCAAUUUCAACACUUCCAAUGACUGGUCACCCUUGGAUGAUGGUAUUGAGGUUUUCCUCCCAAAUGGUUCAGAUAAAGCACCAUCAAGGGAAGAAGUUGAUGCAUACAUUUCCAGUAGUUUCCUGGGUCGGACUGCUAGAAGGAGGCUACCAGUAUUUGCAGCACUUUGCACGGGGGAUUGAUCCCCAUGGUUGAUAAAAUGCCUCUUCACUGAUGGAAGAUACUCUCAAAAGUCAAAACCCUAGUUUUUCUGCCAUUUGAAUAAUUUCCCCCAAUUUUUAAAUAAAUAAAAUCAUGGUUGUGCGUAUUGGUAGUAUAACCGUGGUGACAGUUAUUGAACAGUUGAUGCCUAGAUUACCUGUUUAGUUGUGCAUACAUUUCAGUAUACAUUGGUUGUCUUGAACAUUUUUUUUUAUUCUUGCAUGUUUACACAUACAAAUAUUCGGUUGUUAGGAGUUCCAAGAAUAAUUUUAAUAUGUCUAUAAGUUAAAAGAAGCAAAUUACACUGGAUCAGCAGUUUCAACACAUUGAGUGAAAUCAAUAAUCAUGGCAUGUAUGUUGUUGAUUCUGAACUCUGGCCCUAAACAAGGUUGUGAAAUACUUGGACUGACCAUAUGUCUAUUUUCCACCUCAAAUGAAUAAAACGUGGAAUAUAGGGGAGUGGUUAUCUAUAUUUAUCAAAAAGAAUCAUAGAAUGGGCAUGAUUCGGGAUUGCUUUCCUUGAUUAGAGAUAUCAUUAUCCAAAACAAAGUGGUUCUUCAAUAUGCUUUGUUAUUUACAAUAAUAUCUCUCAAGUCAUCCCUGUGACUACAGUGGCUGAGACCACCUCAUCAAAGCAUGUAAGACUACAAUAUUUUGACAAAGACACUAGAGAACUUGAAGGGCCUUGAUAAUCUGGAAAGUUGUACGGGAAUCUUAUUGUUGGCUUUGGACCUUCACUGCGAAUAUCAGGAGGAAGUGGAGGAAGGAUGGUUUCUCCCAGAAGGAACUGAACAAUCCUUCUCAUAUUAGGCCUGCUAUCAGGAUUGGGAUGAGAGCAAAGCAAUCCAAGACUAAGCACAAGCUGAGCUUCAUCUUUGUCAUACUCAUCUAAACUGGGGUCAAUAGCUCUGUUGAUCUCCCCUCGGUGAUGUAGUUCUCUAACCCAGUCUACCAAUACCAGUUCCUCAGGAUUCUUUUGGGGCUCUAUUGGCUUCCUUCCACAUGCUACUUCCAAAAUGAGUAUGCCAUACCCAUACACAUCUGUGCUUGUUCUUGCUUUCCCAGUCUUUGUGAUCUCGGGAGCCAUGUAUCCUAGUGUUCCUACAACAUGUGUUGUCUGUGGAUUGAUUCCAUGCUCGUAAGUCCUUGCAAGACCAAAAUCUCCAAGCUUUGGUUGGAGAUCUGCAUCUAUCAGGAUAUUGCUUGGCUUUACAUCUCUGUGAACAACCUGCUGUUCACAUUCUUCAUGGAGAUACAGCAACCCUUGAGCAACUCCAGUAAUGAUCUUGUACCUUUGAUCCCAAGUUAGUAAUUUCUUCUUUUGAUGAUCAUUUUGGAUCAGAAGCUUGUCCAGGCUCCCAUUUGGUACAUAGUCGUAAACAAUGAGGAGUUCAUCCUGCUUCCUGCACCACCCAUGUAACUGCACCAAAUUUCUAUGCUUUAGUUGUGCCAUGCUUGUUAUUUCCGCAACAAAUUCUCUGAUCCCCUGUCUUGAAUUUGGAGCAACUCGCUUUACAGCUACUUCUAGUCCUGUGCUAGGGAUUACUCCUUUGUAGACUUUACCAAACCCUCCAUACCCAAUAAGGUUUCUGUCUCCAAACCUUCCUGUAGCUGAACGAAGCUCGGAAUAUUUAAAUUUACGGGCAGCAUAUUCAAGUUCCCAAUCUUCUAAAAUCUCGUCCCCAUUUCUUAAUCUGCGCAGGACAUGAAUAGCUCCUAUAAUUGUCAAGAUAAAAAGAGAUGCACUUGCUAAAGUGAUACCUACUGCGAAGUCUUUUUUGUGCACCACCUUACUAGAAGUACUUGACCCAAUACGUGGAACAGCUGAUUUAUCUAGCACUUGUGCUGCUCCUCCAAUUUUAAAGCUCCAACCAUGUAUAUUAUGCUCAGCUAUCAGCAAACCGUUGGAAGCAGAAAAACCUGCAUACAUGUAGUCAUUUAACACCAAAGAUAGGUCUAUGGGAUAAGAUAUCAAAGGAAAAUAUGGCUUUGGCGUGCCAAAGGGAGAAAUUGUAACAUUCAUCAACAUCUCUCCUUCAUUGUAAUCAACCCAUGCUUGAAUUGGCUUUCCACUCUUGAGACUGAUGGAAACGUUCUUGAUGUGAUCUUGGUCAUUUCUUGGUAAGUAGUAUGCUGCUGACUUAGAAAUGUUAGAGAUGAGACUGGAUAUAUCUAUCCCCACGUGAUUGUCAUUGAUGUCUUCAAGUUCAAGGUUUUGUACCCCGUCAAACUCUAUGGCUAGGAACCUGGUUGAGAAUUCUUGAUUACUUGUCUCAUUUGGGAGGCCUAAAUAUUGAUUUACAAGGCACCCUUUUGGCUGGUUGGUAGAUAUUAGGACGAAUGCUAAACCAUGUCCACCAAGAUCUGGGUACUUAGGAACAAUGGAAAACACAAAGGUAGUGCUAAAGGUUGACACAAUGGAUUUGUUUUUGCUAGAUUUUAAUGGCAAAGGAGAUGGAUAGAAUGCAUGGCCAAGGAUUUUUGCGGAAUUAUUUGUCAAGGUAAGUAUGCCAUUUGGUCUCACAUAAGAAGCUCCAUCCAUUUUCAACCCUGCUUGCAGAAACCCAUCUCGUACAAAAUUGAUAUCCGAGGAUGCAAAUUUCAACAGAGAGUAAAGAACAACCAAAAGGAUACCAAAUGCAUGCAUUGCCAUGUUUGUGAAGUUGGUUUUGGUUGCUGAAUAGGAUUAUAGUUUCUUUGGAAUAUUGGUGCUACUUAGCGUCGCUAGCAUUGCAGAAAGAGCCUAUAAAUACUGCGUCUGGAAGUUUACACCUUGAAAGGCUUCAGACAUAAUUUGUAAUUGGAAAAUGUCUACUUGUACCGAAAUAAUAAUCUAUCAAACUUAAAAAUAGCUCCUGUAUAC